ACAAAAUGGCGUCGUCAGCCGGUCGAACUUUACGAAGCGCUUCUCGCUUAAUUUUACAGGCUGCAAGCUCACAGAGUGGACGGAUUGCGUCACAAGCCGGAAGCCCAAAACUACAGACAGUUCGGGCUCUUCAUCAAGCUGCAGGAAUAAGUUUAGCAAGACAAGCCCAGAGGACUUUUUCUGUUAGUAUAUCAAGGACAGUUUCUGCUUGUGCUAUGAUGAGUACAGCUUCACCAGUGUCUACCUGUGGAUCACUGUUAUGUACUGGAAGCAGCUCAGAUAUGAUGGAAGUAUCUGCUAGUGAAGACGAGGGACUAGUGAUCGAGGCGCCGGAGAAACUCGACGAUUUAUAACAUUGGUUUUCCUUACAUACAAUAACUGUUGUAUGUAAUUCUGUUAUUUAGUUACAAAUGCAGUUUUAUUGCUGUCCCUCAAGACUUCUUCUGAUUUGACAUUUUGCCAGGAUUUCUUAAAUACAAACUAUUAUACAUUUUUUGAACCAGAGUUGUGCAGGUGGAUUCAGGAACUCCUGAAGUGGGAUUUUUUCGAAAAUUGUAUAAUAAGAGGUUGUGUGGAAAAAUCCUCUCAGAAAAUAGUGAUUGGUGUUACUUAACCUUUUUACUCCAGGAAGUGAUUAACAAGUAACUUCUCCCUUCAAUAUCCAUGACUAUCCAGCAAACAGGUAAUGAGAAUACUCAAACUGAUCAGGUAGAAGUUGUUAUCUUGAUCUAACACCAAAUUCUCAUAACUUAUUUACAAGGAAAUGUGAAGCAGCUAGAGGGGAGAAUUAACAGUCAGAUCCUGGGAGUUGAAGGGUUAAGUGAAGGUUUCAUUACAGCAGCUGUAGUGUAAUUUUUGUCUGGGCCAUAUGAAUUGAAAUGUUGAUCAUUUUUUUUUAUUCAAUGUAAAAAUCUCUUCAGGAGCAGUAUUAUUGAACAGGAAGUUCAUUUAGGAGCAUUAAUGUAAGCAGUAUGAGCAGUAGUAUGAAAUUUUGUGGAGGAGGUAAUCACACUUUGCAAUCAAAGUGUCAGCCAUUGUCAAUGACUUCUUCAAGAUGUUGUACUGCAGAUGGAUUUUUUAUGUUUCAUGCUUGGCAUCAUGUUAAAACACUUUUUUUAACUUUAAAAUUUGUUGUUAAUGGUAGUUUUCUUUUGCAUGUCAUUCUACUUUUUUUCCUGAAUUUUUUCUGUGUUUUUGGUUUCAUAGGGGAUUAUAAGGUUAGGAACCCUUGUGAAAAUGAUUGCUAAAUUCUUAAAUCUUAAUUACAAGUCUUUGCAAUGUUUUAUAAUGGAUAGAAAUUCUCCAAGUCUGUUCCUAGUAUGGUGUUUAUUGUAUAAUUUAACUAGACAAGUAAUUGUUAUUUAUUGUAAGUUCUCAUUGCCUUUGAUACUAGUAUAUGCUAGCCUAUGAUUUUCUUAAACACUUGCUUGCUCACUGUGUAUUUCAUGUUUCCAUCUCAUUAAAAACAGUAAUGAAAGGUA